GAUAGCGGGGGGGGGAUGGGGGACCCCUCAUUUCCCCUCUCCUCAUGUCCCCAAUGGAUGGGUUUAUAAGCAACGUGGACCUUUCUGCUGGGGUGAGCUGUACAUUGUUUAUAUAUUUCCUCCCUCUCUCCCCAUUUCUGUAUUCCAAUUGAAGAUUUUCUACAAGCUCCUUCUUAGACAAACAUCCUUACUCUGAGACUUGGAAUUCAUUACGCUCGUACCUACCCACAAGCUUGAACAGACGACCCCCUCCGGCUAAAAUGGCUUCCACCGACGCCCCAAAGGACCUGCCUAAGAUGCAAUACCGCUUCUUGGGCCGCUCUGGUCUCCAGGUCUCUGCUAUCUCCCUUGGUGGAUGGCUCACCUACGGUGGACAAGUCGAGGAUGACAAGACCUUCGCCUGCAUGAAAGCCGCCUACGACGCGGGCAUCAACUUCUUCGACUGCGCCGAGGGCUACGCCGGCGGCGAAUCCGAGAAAUCCAUGGGCGCCGCCAUCGCCAAAUACGGCUGGUCGCGCAACGACCUCGUCAUCUCCACCAAGAUCUACUGGGGCGGCGCCUUCGGUUCCAACCCCGUCAACAACACCGGGCUCUCCCGCAAGCACAUCAUCGAGGGCGUGAACCAGUCUCUGGAGAGAUUGGGGCUGGACUACGUGGAUCUGAUUUAUGCGCAUAGGCCGGAUAGGAAUACGCCUAUGGAGGAGACAGUUAGGGCGUUUAACCACGUUAUUAACCAGGGCAAGGCUCUCUACUGGGGAACCUCCGAAUGGAGCGCUUCUGAGAUCGCAACCGCCUGGCGCCACGCCGACCGCCUCGGUCUCAUCGGUCCACUGAUGGAGCAGCCCGGUUACAGCAUGCUAGCCCGCGACAAGGUGGAUGGGGAAUUCAACCACCUGUACGAGGAAUUCGGCACCGGCCUCACCAUCUUCAGCCCCCUGAAGACCGGCAUCCUGACCGGGAAAUACAACGACGGCAUCCCCGCCGACUCGCGCUACAGCCGCGACGACAAGGACCCCUUCAUCCUUCGCAUGACCAAGGAGUUCGGCGAGGGCAAGUGGGAGGCCCAGCUCGAGACGGUGAGGAAGCUGAAGCCUGUUGCGGAUAAGUUGGGCGUCACGCAGGCGCAGUUGGCGUAUGCGUGGGUGCUGAGUAAUAAGAAUGUGAGCAGUGCGAUUAUGGGCGCGUCGAAGCCGGAGCAGGUGUGGGAGGCGGUUAGGUCGCUGGAGAUGGUGGAGCUUUUGACGCCAGAGGUGUUGGAGGAGAUUGAGGGGAUUUUGGGGAAUAAGCCGAGUGUGGCGCCGAGGAGGUAUUAGAUGGGGGGGUUGUCUGAUGUGUAGAUGUUGGAUAUAAGGUGCUGUUUUGUGGAUACUCUAUCUUGGUGGUUGAUGUUUAAAAGUUGAAUACAAGAUGCUGUCUUGGGGGU